UUGAUCUGCAACAAUAUGGACGCCUGAAACGACCAAUCUCUAUAAACAACAUAAUAUUUAGCUGUUUAAAGGUACUUGUGGACACAUCUGAUGCUCAGAGUCUUGAAGAGAUAAAAACGAUGGCAGAAUCUUCACCAACAUCAACAAAAGCAAGAAAAACCAGGAGACGGAGUAUUGAACAUAAUCCUCCAUCAAUGUCAUCCUCCAUCAGUUCACUGUCUGAGGAGAUUCAGUGCUCGAUAUGUCUGGAGGUGUUCACUGAUCCAGUCACGACUCCAUGUGGACACAACUUCUGCAAGAUCUGUCUGAAUAAGUGCUGGAACAACAGCCAGACCUGCAGCUGUCCAUACUGUAAAGAAACAUUCAAGCAAAGACCUGAUCUCAAGAUUAAUACCACACUCCGAGAGCUCGUAGAUCACUAUAAGAAGAAAAGUCCUGAGAAAACAGCUGAAGUUCUGUGUGACAUCUGUGAGGAAAGAAAGCAGAAAGCCCUGAAGUCGUGUCUGGUGUGUCAGAGCUCUUACUGUGAAACUCACCUGGAGCGUCAUUUGAGAGUGACAGGUUUGAAGAAACACAAACUGAUGGAUCCUGUGAGUAAUCUGGAGGACUAUAUAUGUCAGAAACAUGAGAGACCUCUGGAUCUGUUCUGUAGAGAUGAUCAGACGUGUGUGUGUUCAUUCUGUACUGUGACGGACCACAAGAACCACAACACUGUUCCUAUAGAAGAGGAGAGUGAAGAGAAGAAGACUGAACUGAUGAAGACACAGAAAGACGUGCAGCAGACGAUCCAGAACAGAAUCAAGAAGAUUCAAGACAUCAAACACUCAGCAGAAGUCAGAAAAAGAAACACAGAGAAGGAGAAAGCAGCCCAUGUCGAGCUCUUCACUGAUCUCAUCCGCUCCAUUGAGAGAUGUCAGACUGAACUGCUGGAGAUGAUGGAGGAGCAGCAGAAAGCAGCAGAGAAACAGGAGCAAGAGCUGAUUGAAGAGCUGGAGCAGGAGAUCACUGAGCUAAAGAUGAGAAACACUGAGCUGGAGCAGCUCUCACACACUGAAGAUCACCUCCACCUCCUACAGAUUCACUCAUCCCUGUGCAGCCCUAGAAACACCAGGAACUGGCCUGAGAUCAGUAUGAAGACUCAUGAGAGUCUGGAGACUCUGAGGAGAGCUCUGAACCAACUGAAGGACACUAUAGAUGACAAACUCACACAAACUGUCUCUACAGAGCUGAAGUGGAUGCAGCAGUAUGCAGUGGAUGUGACUCUGGAUCCUGAUACAGCUCAUCCUAAACUCAUUCUGUCUGAUGAUGGAAAACAAGUGAGACACGGAGACAUUAGACAGAAACUCCCAGACAAACCAGAGAGAUUUAAUAAAUGUGUCUGUGUCUUGGGAAAGGAGGGAUUCUCCUCAGGGAGAUAUUAUUUUGAGGUGCAGAUGAAGGGAAAGACUGAUUGGGAUUUAGGAGUGGCCAGAGAAUCCAUUAACAGGAAGGGACAGAUCACAGCAAGCCCCAGUGAUGGAUGCUGGACUGUGAUUCUGAGGAAUGGAGAUGAAUAUGAAGCCUGUGAUGAUCCUCUUGUCUCUCUGUCUCUGAAAGUGAAGCCGCAGCGGGUCGGUGUGUUUGUGGAUUAUGAGGAGGGUCUGGUCUCCUUUUAUGAUGUGGAGUCCAGCUCUCAUAUCUACUCUUUCACUGCUCAGUCUUUCACUGAAAAACUCUAUCCAUAUUUUUGCCCAUGCCCUAAUGAAGGAGGUAAAAACUCGAGCCCGCUGAUCAUCACACCUGUCAAUUACAACAAAUGAUAUACUUCUAAAAUUAAAUACAAGAUUAAAAUAAUUAAUGAUUUAUAAAAAUAAAUGUUUAUAAUUACAAUUUUGAAAACAUUUUGUGCUGCUAUUUUUUAUUAUUUGUUUUUCAAUUUUUUAAAUCUAUAUGCUGUAAUUACAUUUUCUCAUGUUCUGUGAUAUUACUGUAAUACAUCAGAUGGUAAUACCUUGAUAUGUAUCAUAUAACUGUAUGAUUACUAUAUUCAUAUACAACAGUAUGUACAUGUUACUUUAAGGUACAUAAAAAUACCAUGAUUUUAUGUUCA